GUACGGGCAUUUUGAGUGGAUCGUUAUGCCUUUUGGCCUCACCAAUGCCCCGGCGACCUUUCAAGCAGCAAUGACCAACGAGUUUCGUGCGAUGUUGGACCGGUUCGUAUUAGUCUACUUAGACGACAUUCUCGUCUAUAGCCGGACAUUGGAGGAUCAUCUUGAGCACCUUCGACGAGCGUUGGAGAUGCUCCGCCGCGCUAAGUACAAAGCCAACCACGACAAGUGCGAAUUUGUCCGGCAAGAGCUGGAAUACUUGGGACAUUUUGUCACACCGGAGGGGAUCAGUCCGUUGUCGGACAAGAUUCAAGCCAUCCAAGAGUGGACGGAGCCAAAGACCGUCACAAAUGCCCGUUCCUUCCUUGGCUUAGCCGGCUACUAUCAACGCUUCAUCAAGGGAUACUCGAAGAUCGCGGCUUCUUUAUCCAAGCUUCAAUGCAAGGACCGGCCAUUCGACUUCGACGACAAUGCACGGACUUCCUUUUUGGCUCUCAAAGCCGCAUUGCUAUCCGCAAAGGUGUUGCGCAAUUACGAUCCGCUUUUGCCGACACGUGUGACUACCAAUGCGUCCGGCUAUGGCAUUGGUGCCGUCCUCGAGCAACAUGACGGUGUGGACUGGCACCCGAUCGAGUACUUUAGCGAGAAAGUGCCCAUCGUGCACUCGAUUGACGAUGCACGAAAAAAGGAAUUAUUGGCCUUCGUACACGCGCUCAAGCGUUGGCGGCAUUUUCUUCUUGGUCGACGGCAGUUCCGAUGGGUAACGGAUAACAAUCCAUUGGUCUUCUACAAGACCCAAGACAUGGUCAAUAGCACCAUUGCCCGUUGGGUGGCCUUCAUCGACCAAUUUGACUUUUUCCCCGACCACAUUUCGGGCAAGUCAAACCGUCUUGCGGAUGCUCUUUCUCGGCGUCCGGACCAUUGUACCGCAGUCUACUCAACUUUUGAGAUUAACGACGACUUGCGGGACAGCUUCAUCCGCGGCUACCAAGUCGACCCCGAGUUUUGCGACGAGUAAGCAAAUUGCUCCUCUCCUAAUCCGGGGUCAUCGAAUUAUCGGAUCCAAGAGGGGUACUUGCUCGUCCACUCGCGAGGGAAGGAUCUUCUUUGUGUGCCACGAGAUUUACACUUGCGCACACGGCUUCUUGGCGAGUUCCACGACACUCCCGCCACCGAACACUCAAUCGU